UGGCAGAAGAUACACGUAUGUUCCGUUGGUCUCUUUCCUAUAUUCUUUUAAUAGGUAAAAACGUACGUGGAUGCCUUGAGAAGUUCUCCCACUGUUCUACGUUACUCGGGUAAAAGGAUUUCUCACUGGUGCGAUCAACUACCAAUUCAAUCUUCAGCCACUCCUCCUUUGACUCCCUACAAAACUCAUGAUGAGUAUAAAAGCCACCGGGAACACAGUCUCGUCUAGUUUCAUUUCCAUUGCAACACGUUACGUGCGACCACAAGUAUUACAAUGAACGCCUACGUCCUGUCUGUAAUGAUGAUGCUGAUCGGAGUAUCAAUAGCUUUUCCGCAAAAGGAUGGCCAGAUAUUUAGUAACGAGGCAAUUCGACAGGCCCAAAAUACAUAUCUGAUACCUAAGGACGCAACAAUCCAAAAAGUCCAAGAAGGAAUUGAGUUGGCAGCUUAUGAAUCGAUUCCCGGCGACCAGAGGAUCAAUCUCUUCGAAAUUCUUGGCGAGCACGUCCCACCGGAAGUCGUGAACAAUCUUCAAAGUCAGGUCGACCAGAUAGGCCGAAACUGACAUACUUGAUUCUUAACUCGUAGAAUAUUUAUUAGGGACAGCGACAUUACACCUUGAUGUACCGUCUAUGAUUUUUCACUUUCAUAAAAUAAAUCAUUGAAAAUCCAGUCGUGAAUCCUUGGUACUUCGUUAAAUCUGUUCGACGAACCAAAUGAUGUUGAAUGAUCACUGAAGAGAACAAAAGAAAUACAAAAUUGUACUUGUUUCCCUAUACGCUACGUGCGUACGUACAUAAAUCACAUAUCUAAGCAUCCAUUGAGAGAACAACAAAAAUUCCAGUAAAAUUGAUGGCACCGAUGCAAUGUAUGUCCAUAAAAAUACAUGCUUAGAUAUUGGAUCGGUGUAAGGAAUAAAUAAGUUACUGUUUCAUUGUACUGCGACAAGUGUUUUACAGCUUGUUAAGUAUCACGCAUCAUUGGUGUAUCGAACAAUAAAAAAAUUGUUUUAUAUGAAA